AUGGCGGACAAACUCCAGAAAUACAAAUUCACCGCAAGCACUAGCAAACAAGCUAACCCGAAGCCUACCACGAGGAACACAGCCAAAUUAGCCACACAGGGCGGAGCGACCCACACCGCACCCACCCAUCCCUCAGGUGAAGUCCCAGGUAUGGCUGAAGACUUGAAAGCGGAGAUUCUGGCCAGCAUAAGGGAAGACCUAAAAAACGUUAUAAGAGAUGAGCUCAAAUCGGCGCUGGCAGACGAGAUUAGCUCGAUCAAAAACGACCUACAAGGGCUAAAGACGCUAAUCGCUAACGAUGUCACCGCUAUCCGUGCUGACAUGGAGCUUGUAAAGACAGAUGUAAACGAGCAUCCGAAGCUGAAGGAGGAACCGAAACUUUCAAAAGAUCUAGAUUUGGGAGGUACAGCAGGAACAUCUGUUGGCAGCCUGAGAUGCAAAAGCUGUGGCUUCUAUUCACUUUCUAAAGGCCUUCAGGUUCUUUCUCACUUGGUCUGGUGGAACAAGAGCUUUGAUGGGUGA